AUGCCAAGAUUAGUUUUAGUUAGACACGGUCAAUCCGAAUGGAACGAAAAGAACUUAUUCACCGGUUGGGUCGAUGUUAAAUUAUCCGCCAAGGGUGAACAAGAAGCCGCCAGAGCCGGUCAACUAUUAAAGGAAAAGAACGUCCACCCAGAUGUUUUAUACACCUCUAAAUUAACCAGAGCUAUCCAAACUGCCAACAUUGCUUUAACUAACGCUGACAGAAUCUGGAUCCCAGUUCACAGAUCUUGGAGAUUGAACGAAAGACAUUACGGUGACUUACAAGGUAAGGACAAAGCUGAAACCCUAGCUAAGUUCGGUGAAGAAAAAUUCAACACCUACAGAAGAUCUUUCGAUGUUCCACCUCCAGCUAUUGACCCUGCUUCUGAAUUCUCACAAAAGGGUGACGAAAGAUACUCUGAUGUCGACCCAAGUGUUUUACCAGAAACUGAAUCUUUAGCUUUAGUUAUUGACAGAUUAUUACCAUACUGGCAAGACGUUAUCUCUAAGGACUUAUUAGCUGGUAAGACUGUUAUGAUCGCCGCUCACGGUAACUCCUUAAGAGGUUUAGUCAAGCAUUUAGAAAACAUCUCUGAUGCCGACAUCGCUGGUUUAAACAUCCCAACUGGUAUCCCAUUAGUUUUCGAAUUAGAUGAAAACUUAAAGCCAACUAAGCCAUCUUACUACUUAGACCCAGAAGCUGCUGCUGCCGGUGCUGCUGCUGUUGCCAACCAAGGUAAAAAAUAA